AUGGUAUUAGUCAAAACAAUAAUACAGUACUUCCAUCAAUAUGGUGGCUCAAAGAAAAAGAACCGCAUCGAGAAUGUGCAGAAGCGCAACGCUAAAGCCAUGCAUGUUGCUCCCAAACAGUUGCACCUACCUGACGUAUCCCAGCCAUCCACCGAGUGGGUGCCGAACUCGUCAGGAUCGAUGGACUUUUCUAUAGACUUUCAGUCAAAUGACUCAGUUCUCAGCUAUGCACGACCUAACGACUUCAGAGAAGGCCCACAGAUUAGAAAGUUGAAAAUGCUACAAGAACUAUACGUGACACACGACAUCCCCCAUUCGAAAUCAGCUGGUCAUUCACCUGUCGCGCGUUCCAAUACAGGCUCGUAUCGAAAACAUAUUACACAAAUACAGCCACGAACCCCAAACCACUCGUCAGCCAGUGUAAAUUCGGCUAGCCGUUCGCCUCUUGGGCGUACCCAAUCAGGACAGUGUCUAAGGAAUGACGCAAAUGUAUCGCCUCUUGUGCGUACCCAAUCAGGACGGUGUCUAAGGAAUCGCGCAAAUGUAUCGCCUCACACGCUCUCUCGUACUCGUAGGCUCUCGGCGGCAGAAUCGACCAGCAACGCACCCGUAGCUCGUGAGACUUCAGUGGUACAUACUCUGUCGGAAGCUACCCCACGUCACUCAGCAUCCCUGUUUUCGGCGAUGAAGAGUGAAGUCACCUCCGAGGAGAGCAUAAAUUUGCCACAAAAGAAACAUGCUAAAGAUACAAAUUGGCUGGCUCACCUAUUUCCGGUUAACAGCCCGAGAAUUCCAACGGAUGGCACACACAGUAGCAACUACAGAGUUUCUAAUUCUGCUCGGCGUCGCAUGCCGGAGUCGAGCACUUCUCUCGUCACCCAGCAACUGGUACUCUCCACGCUACCUUCAUCUGCACAUACACGUGACCUGGGCUCGGAUGCCAGUCUACCUUCAGCACCCCUACAGACUCUCAUAUAUAUGAAUGGAGCCUCCCCCGCUACACCGCCAUUAAUAGUCAAAGGUCGAAAACCAAAAAAGGCAAUGAAGCCCAUCGUAGAAAAGAAACGGUCGUCAUUCAGAGAGCGACUGGGAGGUCAGCAUCGCGUGCAGUUUGAAGAAACUCCAAUUGAGUACGAAUCAUUUCACAGUUCAGUGUAUGACCGAAAGCCGCAAGUGACGUGCCGAAAGAAAGAUUCGAUGAUGCUAAUAUACCGUGAGCUAAUGACAUACAAGCUCACGGAGAUGCUGGUGCACCCGGAUUCGCUAGAAAACACAAACAAGCAUCUAGCAAAAUUGAAACCGGCAGAUCGAGCUGGGAUGGUCGGUGAAGUCGAGCGGAUCCUUAUAAAUUUUAGUUGUUAA